UCAGCUCACAGAAUUGGUAAUAAACAAUAUACAAAUAAAGUUGAUCGCAUUGGCCGCACAUGGCCAGCGACAGCGCCAAGCGGCCGUCAACGAUGCCAGCCAAAAAGAUGCCAACCACCACAGCAACAACAACGCCAGCUGCUGUUGCUGCUGCAGUUGCUCCCCUCGCAAAUGUGGCAAAUGGGAUGAGUCGUUUGACGCCAGCGCGAGACUUGACGCUGGGCGGACGAGGAGCUGCUGCUGCGGCAUCCAAAAAGGUCUUUGCACCCAAUCUGAAUGCGGUGCGCAACAAGAACACCAACGUGAAGACCUCCAAAGAUUUCACACAAUUGCGCGGCGGUCGUCGCGGUGCCCGGGGCGCAGCUGGAGCGAAUCGAGGCGCACGUGGCACUGGCAAUGGCAAUUCCUCGCUCAUACAAACGACUGGGGUAUUCUCCGAGGGCGCCGGGGCUGUUCACCUACGCAAAUCCACAGGCGGUGGCUCUGCCUACGCCCGAGCCGGAGAGGAAGUGGCUGUGGCGCGUAAGCGCACAGAGCGCAAGGAUGAAAAGUCGCAGGAGUUGCGUGUACGCGAACUAAUUGGCAGUGAUGCCAGUGACGCUGAAGAGGAGGACGAAGCGGAUGAAGCCCGCAGCGAUCCAGAAGUUGUGGAGCUCGAUAAGACUGAUUUGGACUGCAAGCCCGUGCGACUUACGGAGGGCCUGUGGAGCAACACCAAAAAGCACAUUGUGAAAAAGGAACCAGGAACGACAACAAAUGUUAAAUCAGUUGAUGCAGACUCUUCAGAUGUAGUCCAGCAGCUGCACAGCCUGCAAAUGGCUGUGGAGGCUGGUUUGGAGGAGCCUCCGCCACAAUAUGGACGCUAUCCGCGCAGCAUUGGCGCCUUCCUCGAGGUUCCACAAGCCCAGUUGUUCAUCAUGCAGCUACCCAAUGUUUUACCCUGUGUGGCAGAUGAGGUUGACGAUGCCCCAACAACUGCUGCCACAGAUCAGUCAUCAGCUUCCUCAUCCACAGAGCAACCCAACAGUCCCCUGUCCACAUCCACUGGCAGUGGUGCAGCCAAACUCAGUCUGCUCGCCCAGCUGGAGGAGGGUCAAAUUGGGAAGAUUCUACGCUAUCGAUCGGGACGCGUUAAAUUGCUGUUGGGCGAGGCACGCUUCGAUUUGGACAUGGGCCUCGAUCCGGGCUUCCUGCAGGAGCUGAUGUCCAUCAAUAGCAAUCGCGAGCAGCGCAGCGGCAAUAUGAUCAACCUGGGUCCCAUCCAGGCCAAGCUGAAGGCGACUCCGGACUGGGUGCAUCUGUUCGAGCAGCAAGAGGCAGCCGCGAGGCAACCACCACCUGCCACUAUAAGCACUACUGGCGCCUCAGCCACGUAGCAUUCGAUGCGACUCCUCGACUAGCUUAGUUUAGGCACAUUUAUUAUUAAUAAUAAUAAUAUUAGUGUAAAUAUUAAUAUAAAUAAUAAUAAUGUUGUAAAUAGUUAAAACAGUUAACUCUUCCUUUUUAUGAACACGAACUCAUUAUAAACAAGUAAAAGGGUAUAUCCUAUAUAUAUAU